AAUGUCACCCUCUGAGUUCACCUUUUUGCUUUAAAGUGAGCUCUACCGGAAACCUGAUCAAGUGUGGAGAAAGAUGAGAUAAAUGUACAAUACAUUCUAUCUAUCUUUGUCUAUCUAGUAAAUAAGUUCUUUCUCCAUCUCUCAGCUCCUUCCAUCCAUGCCUCUCAUCUCUCAUAUACAGACAACACCAUAGUUAGUAACACAAACCAUUCAAGCUAGCUAGGAGAGGAAAGCAAGGAGGAAAGAUUGAGUGAGUGAACCCAUCCACUCAAAGAGAAAUUAAGUCUCUAUCAUCAGAUAGAUCAUCCUCACAUCUCAGCAAGUCUUUUUCAAUUUCUAGCUAAUUAUAAGCUAGCUUAUUGUACAUAUCGAUCUGUUGCAUAUAUAAUUGCAGGUAGAGUAUAUACCAGCAGCUAGCUAGGGCGAGAAGCUAAGGGUACAAAGAUCCGCAUUAUAUUUUAAAUAUUUUACAUCAAAUACAUACAUAUAAAUACAGUAUGUAAGAUAAUAAAUUAGCACCCCAAACACCUCCAUAUCAUAUAUACAUAUAAAUACAAUACAAUAUAAACGUAUAUAUACAUGUAUCCCAUCAUAUAUAACAGCUCCCUCGCUUCUCCUUCAAUGCGAUACAUAUACGAAGAGGAUGAAGAUUUGUUGUUGCAACAAAUCUCCAUUUAUAGCCUCGUUCAACAACAACAGCACCAACAACAACAUGUUGCGGAUGCGGGGGGCGAGGAAGAGAAGUACCUCGGGUGUAUUAGGGCUUCUUCAGCGGCCGAGAAUGAAAGUAAUAAUAAGAGCAAAAAUAAGAAAGACCGGCACAGCAAGAUCCACACGGCCCAAGGCCCCCGGGACCGGAGGAUGAGGCUCUCCCUGGACGUGGCUCGCAAAUUCUUCGACCUCCAGGACAUGCUGGGGUUCGACAAGGCCAGCAAGACGGUCGAUUGGCUGCUCACCAACUCCAAAUCGGCCAUCAGGGACCUCUCCAACAUCGGCGCCAGCAAAUACCACAACCCCAACAACACUUCCUCCCACGCCACCUCUGAAUGCGGCGGUGAGGCGGUUUCCGGCGUGGUUGAUCAAGAACCCUCCUUCAAUAAUAACAUUAAUGGUGAUGGGAAGAAGGCGGCCGCGGCGGCGGACAGGAAGGCCAAAGCGGCCCGACCUAGGGCUGCUGCUUCCUUCAAUUCCCCCACCAGUAAAGAAUCUCGGAGCAAGGCGAGGGAGAGGGCGAGAGAGAGGACGAGGGAGAAGAAGAUGGGGAUGACGAUGAACAUCAGCGCUAGCAGCUUGUUGGCCGGACCAACUACAACCCCACAUGCCGCUUUCCCGGAUCAACCGCCGCCGCCAGAGGAACACAGCUGGUGCCUGUCCAACAUUUUCCAGUUCCCCCAAAACCCGCUUGCAACAUCCAAUCAGCCUCAGUUUGCAGACCUAGCCCAUUCCGGGAAAUACUACUGGGAUGGCUACAACAGUGGGAAUCUAUGAAAAGAUAGUACAUGAAUGAAGAUUUAGUUUGUGUUUUUUUCGUCUAUCGGUAAUUCCAAAUAAUUUAUGCCUCCCGAUCGGACAUGCAUUUCUGUUAUUUAAAAUAAUUCUAUAUCUUACCAUUUUUACUACCUCAAAUCUCAUUCUCUAACAAGAAGAGGAGAGGGGUGUUUGCUAGAUCUUGUUCUUUC